UUGUGGGUUCAGAUGCUAGCUUUCGAUGUUCCCGACAGUUUUAGAAAGUCAAGAUUAUAACUGAAACUGUAUUUUGCGUUUUGGACACUAGCUACAAGUAUUGUAUGGACUUCAAUCGAGUUUCUUGUCGUGUAUGACAUACAAUAAAGUUCUCAAUCGUUUGAAAUAAGCUACGACGCUACAGUGUGUUGACAUAUUAGCUAGCUAGCUAACUUGCUAGCUCAUUGGCCAGUUUAAGGGCAAAAUCAAAGAGCUACAGAUGCGGCUAAAGGAUCCCUUCUCCUUGAAAGCUGCCGACAUGACUAAGCGGACUAACAAGCCGAGGAAGCCUCGAGAUGAGGAGUCGUCGGACGAAGUUAGCGGGCUGACCUGCCAGCAUGUCAGCAAGGCAGUGGACCUGAGCUCAGUCAAGAAGGCAGUGACCUCGAGCAUGUGGUCGAUGUGUUCAGAUUGCCUGAGGGAAAGGACUAUGAUAGAUGGGGAGCCAGCCAGUGGCCACGACAUCCUCGUAUGCCUCAAGUGCGGCUUCCAGGGCUGUAGCCAGUCAGAGAGCCAGCACUCUACCAAGCACCACCAAUCCCUCCACCCUGAGUCCCACUGCAUCACCAUCAGCCUCGGCACCUGGAAGGCCUGGUGUUUUGAAUGUAAUGAAGAGCUCUCCACUCACUGCAAUAAGAAGGCUUUGGCCCAGACCCUGGACUUCCUACAAAAGCACUCUGUCAAGGCAGCCUCAGGAACAACAUCGAAAAUGAUCAAGCUUAGAGAGGAGCCCAGCGACUAUGCAGACCAGUCCAGAGGGAAGAGUCCGGUCUACAACAGCACACUGGUCCCUGUCAAAGGCAUCAACAACCUAGGAAACACCUGCUUCUUUAACGCAGUUAUGCAGAAUCUGUCCCAGACUCACAUGCUGAACGACCUGAUACAGGAUGUGAAGGAGAAGGGACACAAGCUGAAGAUCUGCCCCCCUGCCGAGUCAAAUGUGGGGGCAUUGAUGGUGACUCUGCCCAGCCCAGAGCCCCUGACCUCGUCCAUGUUCCUCUUCCUACACAACAUGAAGGAGUCUGGGAAGGGCCCUGUCAACCCCAAGAUCCUUUUCAACCAGCUCUGCCAGAAGGCUCCACGCUUUAAGGGCUACCAGCAGCAGGACAGCCAGGAGCUGCUCCAUUACCUACUGGACUCCAUGAGAGUAGAGGAGACUAAGCGGAUCAAAGCGGGCAUUCUGAAAUCCUUCAACAACCCCACAGAGAAGACUGCAGAUGAUGAGACCAAACGCCAAGUCAAAGCAUACGGGAAGGAGGGUGUGAAGAUGAACUUUGUGGAUCGCAUCUUUGUGGGGGAGUUGACCAACACCAUCAUGUGUGAGGAGUGUGAGCAUAUCUCCACAGUGAAGGAAGCCUUUAUUGACAUCUCCCUGCCCAUCAUUGAGGAGCGGAUGUCCAAGCCGUCCAACCCGGGCAGGACUGGGAAAAUCAGUCGGGAGCAAGAAGCUCACGUCUCCCACGGUGACGAGACGCUUUCCGCAGUGCUCAAUAAGAACAGCAGGAAACUUAGCGUACAGCAGCAGCAGGGCCAGAAGUCCCCUGGCUCUGUGGAAGAGAAGGGGGCAGACAGCCCCUCGGACCACCCCGAGGAGGAGUCCCCCUCCGUAAUGGCCCGUGCUGCAGGAGGUUCCAAAAUGGCCGCCACCAGCAGCCUAUCUGAUGGCAGCGAGAAAGACUCGGGCCCUCAGGACAGCAGCAAUGACGCCGACAGCGAGGCCUCGGAGAGCGAGUGGACCCCCCGGCACUCCUCGGGCCACAGCCAUGGUGGCAGAGGGUCCACCCCUACCCAGUCUCCCACCCCUGCUACCCUGUCCGCCCUCUCCCCCAGGACCCAGCUUGGUGGUGCUGUGGAGCAGCUGGUCAGUGCAGUGCAUAAGAUGAACCUGGGCCCUGAUUCAGCGGACUCACCCUCUACACACUGUCCUGAGGACCAGGGGGAGCCCCAGCCUCAACAUCCUCAACGGUCUCCUCACUCCCACCACCAGGGGGCAUUCCAGGCCCUGUCCCACAGCUAUACACCCUGCUCCAAGGAGUGCUCCGUUCAGUCCUGCCUUCACCAGUUCACCUCGGUGGAGCUUCUGAUGGGCAACAACAAGCUGUUGUGCGAGAGCUGCACGGACCGCCGGCAGAAACAACUGCGGAAGAGCACCUCAGCAGAGAAGAAGUCUGACAAGGUGUACACCAGCGCUCGCAAACAGAUGCUGAUCUCUUCGCUGCCCCCGGUGGUCACUCUGCACCUCAAACGCUUCCAUCAGGCAGGGAUGAACCUACGAAAAGUCAACCGUCACGUCAACUUCCCUCUCAUCCUGGACCUGGCUCCGUUCUGCUCGGCAUACUGCAAGAACCUGGUGGCGGGGGAGCGUGUGCUCUACAGCCUGUAUGGCAUCGUGGAACACAGCGGGUCGAUGCGCGGGGGCCACUACACAGCGUACGUAAAGGUCCGCUCGCCCCAGAGGAGAACCGAGCAGCCACAGCGCAGAAACCUGGCAGGUCCAAGGGAAGCAAGCAGUGCUACACAGGGUCAGUGGGUGUAUGUAAGUGACACCAAUGUCCAGACGGUACCAGAAUCCAGGGUCCUCAACUCUCAAGCCUACCUGCUGUUCUACGAGGAGAUACUGUGACUGCCAGAGCACGGAGCUACCCAGAAAUCGUUGGUCUCUCAGGAGACCGGGGAAGAGGGGGAAAAAAAGAGAGAGACCUGCUUUGGGUAUACCACUCUCUAAACUUUGACUCCCAAGAGCAUGAAACAUGGCACGCACUACAUGAUGGGAUUUGUAGGCCAUCCGGGACAUGCAUUACAUUGAUGUAUACUGGACUGCUCAGCAUUGAAGGGUUACCACACUGUUCGUGUCUCGGUCCACUUACUGAACGUCCCCAUACAGUCGCUCAUACUUCUGUAGGUGAAAGAGACUGAGUGAGAAAGCGAGAGAGUGGCAGAAUAGUAUGUUUAAUUAGCACAAAUUAUACAGAAAAAAGUGCUAUGUUAUUUAUAUUUUACAGCCUGCUGUGGUGAAUACGAAUUGUAUUUUUUGUAGAACAUGCGAAUGUGAGACUAUCAUUAAAUGGUGAUUGCCAAAGAGUUUUUGGUAAAAUAAAUAAUGUAAAAUUAUGGAAAACAUACACAAAAGACUUAAGUGCCAAAAGAAUGUGAUCUCAAACUAUUCCUGAAAGGAGAGGUCCAUAAUGUGGCAGGCCAUCCGAGUGUGUUUCAGACCAAUACAUUACUGUGUUGGUUCGGCACAGUUUUUUCCCCCAAAUCUAUUGCACCAGUGUGCAUAUUUAAAUCUCUAACCACACGGAUACAAACACAUUGCGAUGUUUAACAAAGGGACAUUGCUACAUAUAUGAUUGCCAGCUCGCCGGACAAUAAACAGUCGUUUUCAUUUCAUUAGUCUUUUUAUCCCAUAUUUUCUGCUGUAGUUAAACUAAAGGCAGUGAAUGUGUUGAUCAAUCUUGAGAUUCAAAUGUGUCUCACCAUUUAUGUUAAUCGUUCUGCAAAUAUUUUUUGGGGGGGAUGAAAUGGAGAUAUUUUAUCUGUCGGUUGUUGGGACAUUGCCAAAUUAUUCUGGUCAAGUGAAGGAUUACUAUAAGUAAAGAUACGGUUUGAUUCAUUUCUUUCAAAACAAAUAAAUACUCAGUGCCUACACUCUAGGAUUAUUACGCUUCUGCAUGUUAAGAACAAAUAAUUACAGUGAACACAUAUUUGCUUACAGACAGCUUGUGUGAAAUGUAUAUGCAAAACCAUGAGAAUUUGGUGUUUUACCACAAUACUAAACCGUAUAUAGAUAUGGUGCCUCAGGCUACAGUGUUUAUCUUCAGGUGUUCUUUUCCUUCUGAAAAUGUCAUUCGAUUUCAAUAAGGAACUCGGUACACCGUUGGGUUAUGUGAAAUCAUAUAUAUAUCGAAGAGAAUAAAUCUAAUUUAUGAAAUGGGAAACCAACAAGGCUCAGCUUACAUGUUCUUAUUUUGGUUGGAUGUUUGAAUCCCUUUUUCCCCCAAAGGAAAGUACUUGUUAGUGAAUGAGUACGGCUGUUGUUUUUGCACUGGAAUUUGUAUCAUCCCUCUUUACUGCGUGAAGACGGUGCCGGCCAUUAGUCAGGGGCUGUCACAGUGAAUCCCAUAGUGCCAUAUUCACUCUGUCGGUGGUGGCGAUGUGCCGUGACGGGUGCAAAGCAGCGCUGUUUGAGAAACAUGUCGUGAGCUGGUGAAGAGGAGGUGGGUGUGGAAUCAGGAAAAGGGCAACGUCUAAAAGUAUCCCAUCGUCCACCCUCCUGGUCCCAUACACUGUGACAUCCCAAUCACGCUGUUAAAACAUUCAGAGUGUCAAGCCACCCACCAACAACACAGCACUUUUUUUAAAUGUAUUUUUAAAAGCAGGGGCCCUCGCUUGGGGACAUUCUCUUGAAGGAUGAGAGAUGAUUUUAAUCUCAGUUAAUGAAAAGGCCUCGUCCUCUUUCCUCUGUCACUGUGGUCAUGGAAACCAGUGACAAGGGACCGCUGCAGUGUUCAUCUCUUACAACAGUACAAUACAAAGGGACAGUGCUCAGGCUCAGCGUAACAUUUAGUCACUGUCAUGGAAGGCCUGCGUGGCAGAAAUAGAAGUGUAUUGCCUUCAGGGCACUGGUCACAUGAUACCAAGAGUUUUGUUUCUGAGAACCAUGUUCUCUGUCAGCAUCUGUGUUAGGCGACCUACAGUACAUGGGUGUUUAUUUUAGUCUAUAGCGUUAUUGUCUUGACUUGUUGCCGUCUUGUGUUUCAAAUGUUUAUUUCAGAGGUUUUAAGACAGAAUCCCAAUACUGGACUGAAUUCAAUCAAUUGAAGAUAGGGGAUUUUCGGAUAGAGCCGAUGUGCUCUGUCCCAGACAGUCCACCAGAUGGCCGCAUGCACUGGAUACAGACAGCUGUUUGCCAUUGGAACUGAACAGGACCGCGUGCAGUAGGAAAACAUCCAUCUUUUUAAUAGCCAACCACAAAAAUUACAGAAAUGACAGGCUACAGAUCUUGACUGAGAUCAAUAAAAAUGACCUUGUCUUGAAUGCAAUAGCUUAGGCCUACUGAAAGAGGGUAGACACACAGAUUGUAUAAUAUGACUUCCAUCUAACCUGGAAGAAAAAACAAAAAAAUACUUUCCAGUGGCAUUGACUGUCUCGUUGAUAAAGAUCAUGCCAAUAGCCUUAAUUGACAUCCUGUGUCCGCCGGUGCUCACUGGGCUCUUUCCCGCUCUCUCUUUCCCCUCUGGUCAUGCUCUCUAUUUGGGUGCACUACCGAAAGAGUGAACUGAAUGGGGAGGUUCAAUUCUAACUAUGUCCAUCUAUAAUUAUGAUAUGGAUGUAUUUGUAUUCAUAUUUCUAGACCCCCUUGUCCCCAGCUGCUUGCUAAAUAUUGCUAAAUAAGUUCAGGUCCCAAAAAAUAUUCAUGCAAUAAUUAUUGAUAAAUUAAGUUAUUUUUUUAUUCCUUAAAUGUUCUUGCCAAGCAAUGCAUGUCUCAUCUUAC